CAAAAUGUUGUAGGGAACGCAAUUUUCACCUCUUUAUUUCCAAACGUACAGAGGUUUCCGUGUGAAUUUCUCGGCAGGAGAAAGCAUUGCAGAAAUAAUGAGAGGAAACCUGGCUGGCAAGUCUGAUUUCCACUUUCCCGUCGCCUAGUAACUGUUUCCAUAGCAACCGCGCGGUCAACAACAUUGAGCAACCCCCGGAGGAAUAGAAAGCGCGUUUCUUUUUCUUGGGGGAGACUGCUAAGAAGGGGUCAAAGGGGAGUACAUGAAAGAGAGACACCUGAGUUCCUUGACAAGGCGAGGGCGCAAAAAAGAAAGGGGAAGCAGCGGAGAAAGGGACAGUGAGAAAAAGCAGUUGGGAAUUGUAGUUUUUAAGGAGUCAUUUGCUGGUCAUGGAUCCAACGUGCUCGGCUGAGAGCAUUUAUAACCUCAUACCCAGUGACUUGAAGGAGCCUCCCCAGCCUCCUAGUUGGUACGCGAUGUGGUUUACAACCAAGAGUGAAACAUCACGGUGUUGAAAAGGGAAAAUCACAACUGUAUUUUCCUGUGUUAGAGGACUUGAUGUUUGGUUUCAGGAGUUCAGCGUUGUAUUUCUAACUGCGUUACUGCUCAGUUACCUCUCUAAAGGUACACAUCAGUUUUUAAAGCAGCUGUGAAAAAUGACAUGAAAAAAUCUAAAACAUCCAUGAAAACCAUGGGACCAGCAAAAGUUGAAGUUCCUUCUCCAAAGGAUUUCCUAAAGAAACGUUCAAAGGAAAAAGUCCUACCACCCAAAAAAAAGUUUGACUGGAAUGAACCCAGAAAGCCUCCGGUGCCAUUGAGGACUGACCAUCCAGUCAUGGGAAUACAAAGUGGGAAAAAUUUUAUAAAUACAAACGCAGCCGAUGUCAUCAUGGGAGUGGCUAAAAAGCCUAAGCCAGUUUAUGUUGACAACAGAACCGGAGACAAGCACGAUCUUGAAACAUCAGGACUACUUCCAAAGUACAUCCAUAAAAAGGAUUAUGGUGUCACACCUGAAUACAUAUGUAAGCGGAGUGAGGAACUGAAGAAAGCCCAGGAAGAGUAUGAUCAUUAUAUCCAGGAAAACCUUAAGAAAGCAGCCAUGAAAAUGUUAUCAGAUGAAGAAAGAGAUGCAGUUCUCCAGUUUCUUCAUCAUUUGCAGGGGCUGAAGAAGAACUGGGAAGAGGUGCACAAAGAGUUCCAGGCCCUCCCGGUCUUCAUCGACUCUCUCCCGAAGAAGGUGCGCAAGCAGAAGCUGGAAGGAGAAAUGAAACAACUGGAGCACGACAUCGGGAUCAUCGAAAAGCACAAAAUUAUUUACAUUGCCAAUAAGAAAUAGACGGUCUUUAGAGGGUAGUGAUAGAAGGCAGGAAAGACAUGGAAAAUAUAUUAAAACAAAAUUUUCAAAGACAACAAUUCUAUGAAGAGAAUAAAAGUAAUCUUACAUGAAAUGUUUGGGCAGUAUUUGAAGGAUAUUUGAAUUACUCACUUGUAUAAGAAUGUUUUGUUUUUACUACACAUAUAAAGCCAUCGAAGUUUGAGGCUAUGUGUUCCAGCCCUGUAAUGUAAUUCAUUCUUAUUACGUACUUGUUUCACAUAAACGUUAAUUUCUGGGCCCUGAAAAAUAAAGUCAGCACUCAGAACUUC